AUGGCACAGACCAACAGCGGUGGGCAGGGGACCAACGGGGUAGCGGAUGAGUCCCCCAACAUGAUAGUGUACAGAAAGAUGGAGGAAGUAAUAGCACGCAUGCAGGAUGAGAAAAAUGGCAUCCCCAUCCGAACAGUGAAAAGUUUUCUAACCAAGAUCCCCAGUGUUUUUUCAGGUUCUGAAAUUGUACAGUGGAUGAUCAAGAAUCUGGACAUUGAAGAUCAAGUGGAAGCUCUUCACCUAGGAACUCUGAUGGCUGCACAUGGUUACUUCUUCCCCAUCUCAGACCACGUCCUCACGCUCAAAGACGAUGGCACUUUCUAUAGGUUUCAGACGCCAUACUUUUGGCCAUCAAACUGCUGGGAACCAGAAAACACAGACUAUGCUGUUUACCUCUGCAAAAGAACAAUGCAAAAUAAAGCACGUCUGGAGCUUGCAGACUAUGAAGCGGAGAGCUUAGCAAGGCUACAGAGGGCUUUCGCCAGGAAAUGGGAGUUCAUUUUUAUGCAAGCAGAAGCACAAGCGAAAGUGGAUAAGAAAAGAGACAAAAUUGAGAGGAAGAUUCUCGACAGUCAGGAAAGAGCAUUCUGGGACGUGCACAGACCAGUGCCUGGAUGUGUGAACACGACGGAAGUCGACAUAAAGAAGUCGUCCAGAAUGAAAAACCCCCACAAAACCAGAAAGUCUGUGUAUGGGCUGCAGAACGAUAUCCGUACCCACAGCCCGACCCACACUCCCGCCCCAGAGGCCAAGCAGCCGACAGAAGAAGAACUGCAGGAACAGAUCUCCUUUUGGCAAUUGCAAUUAGACAGACAUCGACUGAAAAUGUCCAAAGUGGCAGAGAGUUUGCUGGCCUACACAGAGCAGUACAUCGAAUACGACCCCUUCCUCACGCCCCCAGAUCCAUCAAACCCCUGGAUCUCAGAUGACGCCACUCUCUGGGAGCUUGAAGCCAGCAAGGAGCCGGGCCAGCAGAGGGUGAAGAGGUGGGCCUUCGGCAUCGAUGAGGUUCUCAAAGAUCCGGUGGGACGAGAGCAGUUCCUCAAGUUCCUGGAGUCUGAGUUCAGCUCAGAGAAUCUCAGGUUCUGGCUGGCGGUCCAGGAACUAAAGAAGCGUCCCAUCAGAGAAGUUCCAACCCGGGUUCAGGAGAUCUGGCAGGAGUUUCUGGCCCCCGGAGCACCCAGUGCCAUCAACGUGGACUCUAAGAGCUACGGCAAAACCACCCAGAACGUCAAAGAUCCCGGACGCUACGCCUUUGAGGAUGCACAGGAACACAUCUACAAGUUGAUGAAGAGUGAUUCCUACAGCCGGUUCAUCCGCUCCAGUGCCUACCAGGAGUUAUUACAGGCAAAGAAGAAGAAAAGUAAGAAUUUGUUCUGAAGGCUUUUGCUUCCAGGGGAAACCACAAGUAUCCAAGAGGCUGACCAGUCAUGUGCCAUCAUGCUAAAAUCAAUGCCAUCUCUCUCUCUGGGACAUUGAGAGGG